AGACGGCCGCCUCGCUUGUAACACACGGUCCCUACACAGGAUCCAGCACGUCUCCAGAGGACCCGGCUACGCGUCUUGUCCCCGCCCCCCGACGAGGCACAGCAUCCAUCCUCACGCGCUCACACGCUGCGUGAUCCCCAUCACAACCCGACGGAGAGCGAGGCAGCGCGCGGCGGCUUGGCUCGGCCGAUGGAGUAGUAGUACUAGUAGUAGUGGGAGAGCUGCUCACGGCGUCCUUUCUCCUCUUUCUCUCCCUUUAAUGGAUUCGCCUUUUCUCUGGAAUAUUGCUUCAUCCCAUCGCGAGUGAGCUGCCGUGAAUCCUGAGAGGAGAAGUCUCCCGACAGGAGACAAGAUGGCGUCCAACAACACCCUGCGCAGCUACUCCAUCAUACCAUGUUUCAUCUUCGUAGAGCUCGUCAUCAUGUCCGGCACGGUGUUGUUGGCCUACUACAUGGAGUGCACGGACCUGUUCAGCGUGCACGUGCAGGGCUUCUUCUGCAACGACGCCGAGCUGAUGAAGCCGUACCCCGGCACAGACGAGUCCAGCUUCGUCCCCCCGCUCAUCCUGUACUGCGUGGUGGCUGCUGCUCCCACAGCUAUCAUUUUCAUCGGCGAGGUGUCCAUGUACGUGAUGAAGUCGACGAGGGAAGCUCUCCUGGCCCAGGAGAAAACCAUCGUGACAGGAGACUGUUGUUACCUCAACCCCCUUGUCCGUCGCAUCAUACGCUUCAUAGGUGUGUUUGCAUUCGGCCUGUUCGCGACGGACAUCUUCGUCAACGCAGGCCAGGUGGUGACGGGGGGUCUCUCGCCCUACUUCCUGUCCGUCUGCAAGCCCAACUACACCGGCACCGAGUGUCGCUUCAAUCACCAGUUUAUUGUCAACGGCAACAUCUGCACGGGGAACCCCAUCAUCGUGGAGAACGCGCGCCGGUCGUUCCCUUCCAAGGACGCUUCGCUAAGUGUCUACUCGGCUGUUUAUCUGACGAUGUACAUCACCAGCACCAUCAAGACCAAGUCCAGCCGCCUGGCCAAGCCCGUGCUCUGUCUGGGCACGCUCUGUUCAGCCUUUCUCACCGGCCUCAACCGAGUCUCGGAGUACCGAAACCAUUGCUCGGACGUGGUGGCUGGAUUCAUACUGGGAUCAGCGGUUGCUCUCUUUCUGGGCGUGUGUGUUGUGAACAACUUCAAAGGCGUCCACAGUGCAGCAGCCAAGCAGAAAACUGAAGACUACCGCGGACUGCCUCUGAUGACUUUCCCACGUGUAGAGAGCCCUCUGGAGACUCUCAGCGCACAGCAUUGACAUUAUGUUCAGAAGAACAUACAGGCAUGACAUUUUGCACUACACCCCUGUCCUCCGUACCCAGUGCACAGAAACAUUUAGAGAACCUCACACAGAGCACUCCUGAUAUGGGCUGACAUUGAUUUAUUUUACCUUUACCUUUUCAUUUCCACACCUUUUCCCUUUCCUGUCCCUUUUUCUUUCCUUUCCUACCACUCUUUUCCAUCCCCCCUCCCACGUCCAAUUUCAGAACCACUCGGCGUCGAUGACGGAGGUCACAUGACUAAGGGGGCAGCACCGGGUCACGUUUGCGUCUCCACAGCACUUCCAGACACAAUGACGAGGACGCAUGCCACGUGGCUCCGAUUGCUUAAUAAAAAAACACUCCUGAUAUAUCUGUUUGAUUCACCAAGGGGACAAAAUACAACAUGUUUCUAAUGGUUCUCACCUAGUUGGGCCAUGCUCAAUCCAACCGGCCAAGGCACACAGAUCGCACCAGUGGCAAAACUAUCACAAGGCAACCUUAAGCACAGAUUGUUUUUUUCAGAUUCUUGAAACCAUUUGAAACAUGGGACAUUUUUUUCCCUCCAAGGUGUGCUGUUUGUAGUUAGAGGACGGUGUUUUGUACAUUUUGUAUGAGCGAGUGCUGUAGCCUACCCUGACAGUGUUAAACGUGCACACUUCCUGUCAGCUGACUCACUCUGUUUUACAUCACAUCCUGUCAGGUGACUUGCCUCGUCGAUCACCACAUCUAUCCUCCCUCAGUCUGAAAAAUCUGCUAUGGAAAAAAAUAUUGAUGUUGUUGUUCUGUGAUGUUUGUCAUUUGUACAGAUAAAAAAGAAAGAAUCCUUCUUUUUAUUAUCUCUUUCUGUACAUUAAUUGACCAUGUCAGGUCAUAUUUUGUAAAGAUUUUUGUCAAUCUGUAUGACUAUUAUGAUCCAUUUGGACCUGUUUGCCUGCUGUAAACCUGGAUAUGUUUUGGUAUCAGUUUAGGUGUUUCGGGGAACGACCUCGCUUCCCUUUGGAGGAAACGACAAGGAAGAGUCAGUAACAUCCUCCAAGUCAGAAAACGGUGUUUGGCACUUGCGGUGCCAACUUGUCAACCACAAUGAAAAUGUCCAGCCCAGUCACCAAGUUAAAAUGUUGGCAAUUAAAGUUUCUGCAAACCACUGACAUGUUCACAUUUGAAUGUGUUACAGGCUGUGUGUCAUAUCAUGUUCACGUUACAUGUUUAUGGCCUAACUUUCAUAUCCAGAGGUGGAGGGGAUGAUGGGGGUAAAACAGGCGACUGCAGCUCAAGACUGCGUUUCAACAUUUGUAUUUUUGACGAGAGGUUGGGACAUUUCCAGCCUCGUUUGUGGUGACAACAUGUAUUGUAAGCCCAAACAUGAUAUUUUCCUAACCCUAACCUAUUGGUUUGUGUGCCUCAACCUAUCCAUAUCAUAAGCACAGCAUUGGCACAAGAUGGAAUUGAACCUAUAAAAAGGCAAAGUUGCAAGAUAAAGAAAUGUUAGUCUGUGGUUUACAGAACAAACGCUUCCAACAAUUUCUCUGACGACUGGGUUGAGAAAUUACAUAUGACUGGUUGAAAUUUUGUACGAGUGUGUUUCAUCCCGGUUUUCCUGGUUCAGUGUGACGUUAAUGAGGAUUUUCCUGCAGAGAGGUCUUGUGGGGCUAGCCUGUGCCAGAUCUACUUGAAGAUUUCACUGGUACGACUUUACAAUUAAAUUUAAACUGAAAAUCCCAAUGGAAAGCGUCUAUAUAUAAUACAUGGGAAAAAGGAAAAAAGAGACAGAAAUGUUCUUUGGAGUGAAACCGAGUGACUUACUUAAGGCCCCUGGCUAGCCCUGUUAAUGGAAACCAGGCUAAUGACUCCUGCUUCACUUUUCCUCCUUGAGGCUCCCCUCCCCCUCCCCGACCCACCAGUGGAUUGUGAUGCAAUGUUGUGACUCCAUUUUCCCAUUGGAAGAUAACGCCCAGCAUGAAGAGAGAAGUCAAGAUGUUUUAUAGAUAUUCUUGAUUUGAACUAUACUCAUUAUCAUUGUGAUUAUACUCGUCUUUUACUUUGAGAACAAAAAAAUAGUGUUUCAUUUGAAAUGCUACAUAUAUAUUUUUUUUUUCUUGGUUUGUCCACAAAUUAAAUAGUCAGUAGCAACA